AUGAAGCUCGUCAGGUUUCUUAUGAAGUGCCAGAAUGAGACGGUCACGGUUGAGCUCAAGAAUGGCACGAUUGUAAAUGGAACCAUCACCUCCGUCUCACCGCUCAUGAACGUCGCGCUCCGAGCGGUCAAGUACACGCCCAAGUCUCGCGAUACCGUAGCCCUUGACACAAUGACUGUUCGUGGCUCAACGAUUCGCUACAUCAUACUUCCCGACUCAUUACCGCUCGACACACUUCUCAUUGAUGAUGCGCCGAAGCCCAAGAACAAAGCAAGGAAAGAGGUUGCUGGUGGUGACCGCGGUGGAAGGGGCGGUGGCCGCGGAGGCGGCCGAGGACGUGGAGGCGGUCGCGGAAGGGGCGGCGGUGGCAGGGGACGUGGACGAGGCUUCUAG